AUGGGACUGUCAGAGGGGUUCUGGCACCAUGAAUACUGGCUGCCACCUGGAGCUACCUGGGAAGACAUGAAGGAGUCUGCAGGCAUACAAUACCCACAGCCUCAGGACCUCUUGCUCUGCAUCCCUGGUGCCCUGCUCUUGAUCAUUGUCCGAUGCAUCUUUGAAAGAACUGUAGCUCUCCCCUUGGGCAAGAGGUUGGGUGUGAGCAACAAGCUAAGGCCCAAAGUUCAGCCCAAUGCCACGUUGGAAGGCUUCUACAUUCUGCUGGGCAGGACCCCAAAGGAGGGGGACCUGAUUUCACUGGCCAAGCAAAGUGACCUACCGGUCAAAAAGGUGGAGACCUGGUUCCGGCACCGGCAGGCCCAGGACCGGCCCAGGCUGAUGAAGAAGUUCUGUGAGGCCAG